UCCAUUUACAAUUGUUGAAGAAGAAUGAUUUAAUAUGAUGCAGAAACGUGCAGCAUUGGAAUGGAAAAAGGUAUCACGCAAUACAAUCAAGAAAGAUUGUACUCAAGUGUAUGAUAUUGAGAGGAAGAAGCUGAUGGCACAACUAAAGAACAUCAACAAGAUUAGUGUGACUACCGAUUUGUGGAGAUCAACGAAUCAGAAGAUCGAAUACAUGGUACUUACUGGACAUUUUGUUGACUCUUGCUGGAAAUUGCAAAAAAGAAUUCUCAGCUUUGUUCAUCUACCACCUCCUCAUCGUGGUGUUGAGAUAGCAGAUAAUCUUUACAAGUGUAUGAAAGAUUGGGGCAUUGAGAAUAAGGUGUUCACUAUUUCAGUUGAUAAUGCUUCAAACAACGAUGUGGCAAUUCGCAUAUUGGCGGACACUUUCUCAAGAAACAAGAAGUUGCUAUGUGGAGGUAAACUAUUCCAUGUGCGGUGUUGUGCACACAUCCUGAACCUUAUGGUUCAAGAUGGACUUUCAAGGAUUGCUUACAUUAUUGAAGACAUACAUGAAAGUGUGCUUUUCAUCAAUUACAAUGAGGUAAGACUUCGAGCAUUUUCUGAAAUUGUGCAGCAGUUACAACUACCACAUCGGAAGCUUGUUCUCGAGUGCAAAACAAGAUGGAAUUCCACAUAUGCAAUGCUGUCAGCUGCCAUCAAGUUCAAAGAGGCGUUUCCAAGAUACCAAGACCAAGAGCCGCGAUAUACUUGUUGUCCAAGCAAUGAAGAUUGGAAUAUGGUUGAAAAGGUGUGUACCAUAAUACAAGUAUUUGAUUCAGCCACUCGUAUCAUAUCUGGGAGUGAGUAUCCAACAUCAAAUCUGUUUCUUAAUGAAGUUUAUCGAAUCAAAGUGUUGUUGGAUAAGAUUCAUGGGGAUGAAACUGAAGAACCCUUUAUUAAUGACAUGGUUGAUGCUAUGAAGACUAAGUUUGACAAAUAUUGGGGAGAGUGCAACUUGUUGAUGGCUAUUGCUGCUAUUUUAGAUCCGAGGUGUAAGAUGACGGUCAUUGAGUAUUGUUUUCCCAAGAUGUAUUCCAAAGAAGAAGCUCGUGAAAAAAUCAAGAAAGUCAGGGAUGCAUUAUAUGAGCUGUAUGAUGAAUAUGUGGUAGACAUGUAUUCUGAUAUUUCUACACAAAGUGAGCAAAUCAUUGACAAUACCAAUCACAGAAGUGGAGUUCAAGAAGCUUCGGGCUGGUCCGAGUUCAUUCAACAUGGAUGUCAUAUUUGUGAAGAUAUGUCAACUCCAUUUGAUGCUUUAGAAUGGUGGAGAACGAGUGCCUUGAAGUAUCGUAUAUUAUCUAAAAUGGCUCGUGAUAUACUAGUUAUUCCCAUCUCAACUGUGGCAUCAGAAGCUACUUUUAGCGCAAGGGGUCGAGUUAUUGAUACAUAUCGAGCCUUAUUGAAUGUCGAUACAGUGCAAACAUUGAUUUGUGGAGGAGAUUGGUGUCGUAGUCUUCAUGGUGUGAAGAGAAAGAACAAAAGUGAGAAGAAACCUUUGGAGAUUAUGCUUCCCAAUUCUUGAGAGUGAGAAAAAACCUUUGCAAUGCCUUUACAUGGUUGGUGUUCGUAUUGGAGAUACGACUUGAUGUUGGAGGCUUGGACCAUUAUCUAUAAGAAGAAGUUGCAAAUUUGCUUUUAUUAUGUUGUAUUUGAUUCAAGACUUGUUAGUUUUUGAAUUUUUGAUGCCUUUAGACUAUUUGAAUGUGCAUUUUCGAGUCUAAUCGAUGUUUUGGAUAUCUAAGACUUGUUAUAAUUGAUUUGUAGAAGUACUUCUCGUAAUGAAAUGCUUUGUAAUUUUAUUCAA